CUUUCGCGAAUGAUGACAAAUCACCUAGAUAAACGAGCCUCGACGAUUGACACUGCUAGAAAUUACGAGAAGGUCGACAGACGCAAAACAAACACGUUACCGAAUACUCGAGCGAGUGCGGCAAUGUGUGCGUUGCGCAUGCGCGCGCGCAUACGGUCGAAUGGUCUCGAAAAGAGCGGCAAACCAAAUAUAAACCGGCGCUGCGGCUCUGUUGCGCAGUUUGUUGCGAUAAUUCGCGCUCGAAGGAUCUUGGGAGAAUCUUGAACUUGACAGUGAAUAUUUUUAUUGCGCAGUUUGACAAGUAAUCUCGCGUAACGCUAAUCGAACAUCUGUAUAUCGUAUUGAAGGACGCGAGUGACUUCUGGCAACAAAUUUUAGGAAAUUAUGGCCCUGAUACCGAGAGAUGUAUUCCGCAACUGGUGGGACGAUAUGGACCACUGGCAUCGCGACGUGGAGCAGCACUUUCGGCAGCUGAGCUUGCGGCACAAUGAUCCAUGGACAUCGCCGUUUCCGUCGUUCCAUGACACUUUCCGGCCUUGGCGUGACAUGUUUGAAAACCUGGACCGUCAGGUGGGUGGCACGGCGACGGUCGAGCGCGAUGAGGACAAGUACCAGGUGAUCGUGGACGUGCAGCAGUUCACGCCGGAGGAGAUCACCGUACGUACCGACGACAGAUGCAUCACCGUCGAGGGCAAACACAACGAGAGGAAAGACAAACACGGCUACGUCUCGCGUCAGUUCGUGCGCCGCUAUGUGUUGCCCAAAGGCUACGAUAUCGGUCACGUGAAACCCAGCCUGUCGUCUGAUGGUAUCCUGACCAUCACGGCUCCUAGAUUGGCACUCCCGGCGCCGGGUGAACGAAUCGUGCCGAUUCAACGAAGCUUCAAGCCGGCCAUCAAGGCUGCGUAAUGCGCUGAUGCGAUCUUGGAUAACGCAAAAUUGUCCAGGCGUUUCAAGUCCUGUUUAAAUAUUAUAUUUAAAUAUUCAAAUCAUGUUUAAAGCUGAUCAAAUUUAUUGAAUUGUCUAUUGUCUAUAGCAAACGAUACGCGAAAAGAAACAGAGAUUUGAUUAAAAUUGAUCGGCAUUUAGGAUAAUCAAAUGUUUUGAUGAUCUUCAAAUGUCCUUGAGACAAGUUUGCGUUAUUCGAUUUGCGAAUCUAUUGUUAGAUACGUACGAUCAAUACUGCAUCUCGACAGUAACAUCUGCUAAUAUAUAUUAAUCUAUGUAUAUGAAAUAUGUAUAUUAGGGAAUUAUUGUAUGUAUCAAAAGAACAAGUCGCAUUCGAUAUUAAUUUGACUCAUAGUUUGAUGAUCGAUCGCCUGAGAAUUAGAUUUUUACAUCUGCGUGAGAUUUUUAAGAGUAAAAAUUA